AAACUCCACGAACAACAAAUCGCGUUCUUGCUAAUAUAUAAGAAGUCCUCAUACAUCUCCUCCAGUCUCCGCGAGAGGGAAGACAGCGAGGUCUAGGAAAUGGAGCAUGCGAUCGAGAGACAGCGGAUCCUCCUCCACCAUCUCCAACCCGCUUCCCCAUCUCAUCUUCCCGUCCUCUCGACUGCGGUUUGCGCUGCUGGAGACAACGCAAAAUACCAGAGGAGUUCUCCCAACGGCGACGAUGUGGUCAUCGUUGCCGCAUGCCGAACUGCUAUUUGCAAGUCCAAAAGAGGGGGUUUCAAGGAUACACACCCUGAAGACCUACUCGCAACAGUUCUGAAGGCAUUGUUGGAUAAGACUCAGCUGAAGCCAAGUGAAGUUGGUGAUAUUGUUGUUGGCACUGUCUUGGCCCCAGGAUCACAGAGGGCAAUUGAAUGCAGAAUGGCAGCAUUUUAUGCUGGAUUUCCUGACUCUGUUCCACUCAGAACUGUGAACAGACAGUGCUCAUCUGGUCUUCAGGCUGUUGCUGAUGUUGCUGCUUGUAUAAAAGCUGGUUUUUAUGAUAUCGGCAUUGGUGGAGGUUUGGAGUCAAUGACAGUUGACAGUGUCGGUUGGAUUGGACCUGUUAAUCCUAGAGUUGAAAUGUUUGCACAAGCUCGAGAUUGUCUACUUCCAAUGGGUAUUACAUCUGAAAAUGUUGCACAUCGUUAUGGAAUAACAAGGCAGGAGCAAGAUCAGGCAGCUGUUGAAUCUCAUAGGCGGGCUUCUGCUGCAAAUGCUGCAGGUAAAUUCAGAGAAGAAAUUGUACCUGUUACUACAAAGGUUGUAGACCCAAAAACAGGAGAGCAGAAGCAAGUCACAAUUUCUGUCGACGAUGGAAUCCGCCCAGACACAUCAAUGUCAGUUCUUUCGAAGCUUAAACCAGCUUUCAAGAAGGAUGGAAGCACCACUGCUGGCAAUGCUAGUCAAGUGAGUGAUGGAGCUGGAGCUGUCCUCCUCAUGAGAAGAGAUUUAGCAAUGCAAAAAGGACUACCGAUACUGGGUAUAUUCAGGAGCUUCUCUGCAGUUGGAGUGGAGCCUGGUGUGAUGGGAAUUGGUCCUGCUGUUGCAAUUCCGGCAGCAGUUAAGGCUGCUGGUAUUCAGCUUGAUGAAAUUGACCUUUUUGAAAUAAAUGAGGCUUUUGCUUCGCAAUACGUGUAUUGUUGUAAAAUGCUGAAGUUGGAUCCUGAAAAGGUUAAUGUUAAUGGAGGUGCUAUUGCUCUUGGACAUCCACUGGGCGCUACAGGUGCUCGAUGCGUUAGCACACUUUUAAAUGAGAUGAAGCGGAGAGGAAAGAAUUGCAGAUUUGGAGUUAUUUCAAUGUGCAUAGGUCUCACCCUUUUCCAUAACUCAUUUCCCGUUAUCAUAAAUAGAACCAGGGGGAAGGUCCAUAUAUCUUAGAUUUGAUCUAGUAAAUAUGUUUUUAACAUUUACCCUGGGUAGAAGUACUUUUAUUAUAAUAUUUUAAUUAUUAUGAAAAUUAUAAAUUAAAUGAAGGCAUUUCAUUAAAUUAAACAAAGCCAUUCAAUUAAACUAAAUAAAAAUAUGUAAUUGAAUUAAAUGGAGAUAUUUAUGAAAAUUAUAACUAAAUAAAGAAAAUGAAAUGAAUGAUUGAGCUGAGUAAUGAUAUUUGCUUUCCUAAAUGAUACUUGUGAAUUAAUAAAAGGUUAUAUGUAAAAAAAACUAGUUUGAUGUUUUGAGACUCAGGUACAUCAAGGGCAUGUAGGAAAAAUCAUUACUAAAUUUAUAGUGAACUAAAUUGUGAUAUAAUUUAAAAAAUAUUACUUUAAUGUUUUGAGAUUAUUGACAAACGAAGCGCAUAUAAAAAAAAAAGCACAAUAAGUGCAUGUAAAUAAAAGAAUUAUUAAAUUUAUAGUGAAGGGUAUUUACUCUAGUUCUAGCUCCUUAUCUGCUUGCCUUAUAAUAAUUUAUCUAAUGUUUUUGAUAAAAAAAAAAUACGGCAGGAUCCGGCAUGGGAGCUGCCGCUGUUUUCGAGCGUGGUGAUGUGUAGAUCAGCUAAGGGGGGGGUGCAAAUCCUCAGCUCGCGAGCCUCAGGCGGCCUGGUUUGUUUUUGCCAGUCUUUGGUUUGGUUUGGUUCUAUCCCGCGCGCGUGAGGAAGCGACGCACGGUUUGAUUAUGUCCAGUGAGUGAGGGGACCGAUGCAUGCUUUGGUUCGCUGGCGAAACAGUGCUUCAGAGUGAAUAAAUGUUGCGCCUCUGUUCGUCGUUCGUGUGCUCUCGAGCAGUUUGCUUUCUCCUCCUUCCCUCUCUGUGUUUGCGUGCGUUGCCUUCUUUUCCUAGAGUUUUCCUUGUUCUGAGGCUUAGUGUUCAGCGAUCUGAGGUUGAGUCCGGAGUGCGAUGUUCGUCUUGGAGUGCACCUACGGACGACGCGAGUGGUUGUCGAAUCUUGGGAGAAUUUUGUCGGAGAGCCUCUGCACCGUGGGCGAUAAUAUAUUCUGUAAAGACAGUUGGCACGCGACGCUUCAACCGAAGGAUAAUAAUUUCUAGACCUUACUCUUU